UUGGAGGUUCUGGAACAUGCUAUGGCCAGACAGUUGCAUUAGAGGUAGGCUCUUUUGAAGCCUCCCUGGUUAAAAGUCUUUAGGGAUUAGUGUUGUUAGGCCUCUGCUCGUUUUUAGGUCCUGGAGAGCCUGCAGAGUUUAGCUCCAACUCUGAUAAAACUCACCUGCCUAUAGCUUUCUAGCAACCCUUCAGACCUUGAUUAGCUUGUUCAGGUGUGUUUGAUUAGGGUUGGAGCUAAACUCUGUAGGACUGUGGCUCUCCAAGACCGACUUCAGCCACCCAUGGUCUAGAGGGUUGUUAUGUAGGGUACUCCACUCCCCCAGAGAUACGUUCUAUGCUAAUCGUUAAGCAACUGGCUCUGAGCCUCACUGGAUAAGCUGCCUUUAUGGUCAAGCUUGUAUAGUACUCCCCUUGUUUUAGAGGGUAAUUAUGUAGAGUACUUCAUUCCUGAGGCUAGGUAAUGGUAGGCUUUUCCUGGGCCUCCUUUUUAAGUAACAAGUUAGUAUCAAGUUGAAGGAUUCUCUGUGAACCUCCUUAAUAAACUUACUUUAUGAGCUUGGGUAGUACUCCCCUCACUUCAGAGGGUUGUUAUGUAGAGUGCUACACUUCCCCAGAGCUACUUUAGUGCUCUGUAGGUCCUGGAGAACCCUUUUCGGGCUGAGUAGAGUUACUCCUCUCGCUUGGAGGGUCGUUAUGCUGAGUCUCUGCUUUCUAGGACUUCUGUCUCUGGAAUCCGAUGUGGAGUGGUGUUUGCCUGUUUAUAAUACCUUCUCAUUGGAGGCCUCUGUGAGAGGGCUAAAUCUAGAGAUUCUGCUUAGGCAGACAGGUUGUAGGCUGACUAAGCCAGGAUGACAGACGUCAGCCUCCCUGGUGGUCCUAAGGGUUGACGCUUGUGUGACAGGGCAAGGUCUUUGUGUCCCUGGCAAUAUUCCCUUAAAGGAUUCUUUCAUUAGGUAAAUGAUUCCAAGCCAUUUAGCUCUAUCCUGGGGCCAAGCCUUCGGUUUGGCCCUGCAAGGUGAGUUUAGUGAAGUGAACUUCAAGCUGAAGUAUGCAGCUUGGGCAGUGGCUGUAGGGAGUAAUUUCACCGACAGCACUGGUGGAAUUUGGCUCUGGUAGUUUUGCCUUGAGAGCCAUUCUUCAGGUUACAUUUGUAACCUGAUACGUUUUAAAUAGAAAAUACUGGUGUUGACUGAUGAAUUUCUACAUAGUUUCUCUUAAAGCAUAUCAAAAACAUCACAUAGACAUAAACAGCAUUAAAAACUUGAUUUUCACCACAGGGGGGUCUUUAAAAAAAAAACACCUUGCUAUGUGUACUGUGCUAGACGAACUGGGACUAGUCACAGCACUUGCAUAUUGUUGCCCUAUUGUUGGUUUGAUUGCUUCUAUUGCUCUCCUCAUUUGUAAGUCGCUUUGGAUACAAACACAUUUUAAAAGAUUAAAUGUAAAUGUAUUCAGUUUUCUUCAAAGCAUGUUGUACAUACAAUAAAACAAAUAGAACAUACAUACCUGUAUUCAUCUUCAUUCAUGUCCAACAUAACAUAUUUAGAAAAUGUGUCCCAUGAAUCAGAUGCCAUAACACAAGAGCAUCAAUGACUGUUGGAGCUAAUCAGAGAAAAAUGCAACAAAAUUAGUUAUAUUUGCAAACACAAACCUUUCAUUAAACGUAGCUGCAGACUCACCUAUGUGACUACUGACUAGGCUCAUCAAGGUCAUGUUUCUUGUUCCCAAAUGGUAUGAGCUUUUAUAUUUAAGCAUGACCUGCUUUCAUUGCCAAUGAAAUGUGAUGUAAUAAAUGCCAUGCCAUUAGGUAUAGUCAGUUUCUAUUGUAGUCACUUUUAGGCAACACACACCUGGAUAAAAUAUUUUCUAGGAAGUGAUAUCCGAGAUGAUUCACUUUUCUAUUACUUGUUCAAUGAAAUCCCCCAAGAUAAUAAUAAUCUUACCUGCACACUGAAGCAUUGUUUGUUUUUCAUUAUUUCAGAAGCAGGCAUAUCACAGGCACUCCAGGGGGCAGGAUCAUAUUAAGCUUGAUUCAUUUCAGUGAAACGAUUCAUUCGGACGGUUUGGUUCAAUGAACCUUUUUCCAAAACGAGUUAUAAAUAUUUCCCCCGCACCCCACAGGCAUGUUGUUUUUCAUGUUUGUAGUAAGGUUGGUACUUUAUCACUGCUUUUUAUGUUAUAUACAUUGUGUCAAGCGUUUCUGUAUUGUUAACCUACACUAACAAAAAGUAUUUGGACAUGGUAGGCCUGCCUAUUGCAGCACAUUCUUUGAAGUAGCCUACCCAGUAAAUGCCAUUUUACAGGAAUAUACUAACAAGUACAUAUGGAAUAGGCCUAUAUUAAAGUAUGAUGGUAUUGCCAAGGCUCUGUAAAGGAAAUCCACCUUUCUUCUCAAUUUUGUUAACUAUGUUUAUUAAUAAUGUUAAUCCUAAAUAAAUUGUUAAUGAUUUAUUAAUAAUGUUAAUAAAUAAUGUUAAUAAAGUAAUUCCGUUCAAUUACAAACGCUUUGCGAAUCGGUUCGACCGACUCGUUAAAAAGAAUCGGCUCAAGAGAUUGAGUCAUUUGCAAAUCGGACAUUACCACUAACACUAUGGUUACCAUAGCAGCGGCCAAACACUGUCAAGCCAUUGUAAACCUAAGCUACUUUCUACGCUGCUUUUUUAAAACGUUAAUAAAGAUUUACCCGUCAAAUUAUUUUCAAGAAUAUCAGAGGAGAACGUGCUAUGUUUGAGCUUUAAGUUUUUGACCGUUUACGUGUGAUAAAUUUGCCAUGUCAGAGCAGGAGAGUGAAACUGAACCCAGUUGCGCCGCGGAGCAAAGAAUGUCACAAGAAGUCAUUCAGACCGAAACUGAGGUUCAUGAGGACGAUUAUUAUGCUGAAGACCAGAGACGACAAAACGAUAUAAACAAACAAGGAGGCGAAACCAACAAGAUAAUUUCGUCCAGUGAUGUUGGAAACUCAACAGCAACGGUUAAGAUCCUGCUGAUGCCAGAGAGGCACAUGAUAACCUUGGCCUUCACUAUUGGCCUCACAAUCCUGGAUCUGAAAAAACACUUCAGCUUUGAGCUGAGGGUCCCAUCAGACAUCAUACAAAUCACUCUAGAUGAAAAAAGUGUAGAUGAUGACCAAACUCUGAUGGAUAUUGGCGUACAGCCACAUGGGAUGGUCCAAUUUGAGAUGAGCUCGCUAGACCCGGAGAAUUACCCCAUAAGACCUGUCAAACCACAGCAGGAGUACAACAUGCCGGAUGUCAUCACUGUCAGAGUGCAAACAGACACAGAGGCAUUUCAGGAUGUGGUGGUAGAGAUUGAGAGAGCCACUCGCGGGAAGGCAUUUCUGGGAGGAUACCGUCAUAAGUUGACCAAAGCCGAGUAUCAUCAUGCUGCUGUACAGACGAUGCCCAAGAAGAGGCCUGACAGGGGCAUUGAGACCUUCAGCAGGGAUACACAGACGGUUGACUUGAAAAACCAGGCUCAGCAGUGCUCUAAGAACGCCUCGACUCAGAUGACCAAAAUCGGCUGUUAUGUGUCCAACAUGGAGGACAAGCUCAUCACCCCAGGGACUUACAUCACUGCAGAAGAGUAUCACAGCAAGAGACUGAGAGCUGUCAUUACACUACAGUCACAUGUCAGGCGCUGGCUAGCCAAGUGUUUCACAGAAAGCUUGAGACAGGCUAAAGAGCAGCACAUGGCAUGGAUGGAAAAUGAAAAGAGAAGGAAGAAAGAAGAGAAAGAGCAGCAGAUCAGAGAUGAAUAUCACCGCAGGAUGAAUCCGGAGUCGAAGGGAGACUUUGAUCUGCUUUAUAAUGCCUUGCAAAAAUGGAGGAUAGAGGAAGUGGAACGCAUCAAUGUCACCUUAUCUGGUGCGGAGAGAAAGGCAGCGCUGUGCGCUCUACUGGAGCAAGAGACCCAGUUCAUCUCCUCCAUAGAACGGCACAGAAUGGCUGCCGGCACGAGGAACCAAGAUAAGGCCGUACAAGCCUUCCUCAACAAGUCUGCGGAGCCAAAGAGAUGGCGUGCAUUUGACGGGAAGGUGACACAAAUGGACACACAGUUCACCAUCAGAGCCAAGGAGCUGCGAGAUCUGUACAGUAGCAUCACGCAGGCUCAGUUCACAAAGGACGAACGUCUGGAUGUGUUACUCACUCUCAAACACACCGUAAAGGAACAUAAAUGUAAGCUUACACAGGAUAUAGUGGACUUGAUUGACAGGGAGAUGGACCUGCUGAUGAGGGGUGUGAAAAAGAGCAACCUGGACGGGUUGAGAAAGAGGAUAUCCACCCUCUUCCUUCAGUACAUCAAAACCCCUGCGUUCAACCCUCAGGUGUCCAGACUUCUACGGGUGCCUCAGGAUCCUGCCGACCUGAAAAAGAACAUCUAUUUGUGUCGUGGCUGUAAUGAGUAUCAGUUAUCCACUGACUUUGCCCUGAAGACUAACUCAUCUGCAGUCGGCCUCUGUCGCCGCUGUAUGGAGUUAGACAAUGAGGCCCGUCAAAGAGAAGACUUAUCUCUUUAUAAGAACAUUCUUAGGUGCUUGCGUGACACUGAGGCCGAGUGCAGCCCAGAUGCCAAAAUCACUUACCUGCUGCAGGAGCAGGACCUGCGGUACCUGGUAGAUGUGCUUUGGGGAGCUCAAUCCGCUUUGAGCAGCUGGAAAGACCUUCAUGAUUUAAUGCUGGUGCGCUGGGAGAAGCACUUGGACUGGAGCCCAUGGAACUGCAUCCUCCUCACGAAGGACGAGGCGGCUGCACAUCUGAAACUAGAGAACAUCGAGAAGGCAUACGAUGUGGUAGUUAUCCGCAAUGUCAAGCAGAAACACACACUGGCCAGGAAGUACUUCUCUCAGAUACCUGCGAUGGCCGAAUAUCUGCACAAUGCUGAGAUUCAGCCUGCUGCCCUCGGCAAUCUGCUGGUCUCCAAGCCCAUCACCAAGGCGACCAAGUAGAAUCGCUGCGGGGUGCUCAGGGACUUCUGCAGCUUUACUAUUUCUCAACUUCAGACAGUUUAGAGAUCUAAACCUCUUUUAGCAUUCUUCCUCUAGAUCAUUUAUCGAAUUUGAAUAUCUUAUAUGGUAAUUAAAACCAGGAGUUGCUGGGCCUCUCUCUGUUUUGUUUUCCAUUAAUUUGGAUCAUUCAUUAAUGUUAAUUACUUAUCAGUUGGCAGUAAUUGUGGGAAAAGUUUUAUGAUUUUUCAUAACUUCUUUGGUAUUUUGUAAAAUACUAACUGGUUAAACAAGCAGCAACACUACAAUCCUGUGAAAAAUGCCGCAUUAGCAUGUUUUCCAGUGUUAAACUUGAGUACAAAAGCUGCAUAUAAAAGUGAGAUUAGACAAAAAAAAGUAGAUUAUCCCUCAAUGAUUACUCCAUAAUGCUACACAAGAGUGAAUUGAAACGUUAUUUCUGGGAAUACUUCGAAAGCCUAAAACGCUCAAGUUCAAGAGGUUUUAAUUAGGCCUUUGCAAAUGAUAUAUAGCCUAGAUCUAAUCAGGAGGUGAGCAAUCUAAGAUCUGCAAUUAUAAGAAAAGGUCAAGAACCUCCUCCUGCGUUUCCUUUUGAACAAAUGUGAACGAGACCACCAGCACCACAGGACUAAUGGCUGAUAAGAACGACUGUAGACUGCUGAUAUAGUGAUGAAAGGUUUGCGUUUUAUUUCUGUCUCUCCAUGAUGUGAGUUUAUAAGAUGAGCUUAAUAAAAUUGGUUUUAGCAGA